UGUUUUCACACCAGUGAAUCUGCCUCAGUAUUUCUGUGCGAGAGGCGGUGUCUGCUCUCAGAGCCCAGCGCGGAGAAACAGAGGCGCAGAGAGAAAGCGAGACAUUCGCAAAAACAACCUCGGAGCUGUACAGCGGGUCAGGAUGGUGUUGGUAGCGUUCGGCUGCUGGAGAGAGAUCGGCCUCUGGUUGCUGUGCUUUGUCGCUGGGGCGCUGGGUGUGGAGGCAGCGGGACCCCAUGGAGGCUCCAGGCUCCAGCUCGCGGAGCCCCAGAUUGCGAUGUUCUGCGGAAAGCUCAACAUGUUCAUGGACAUCAAAACCGGGAAAUGGGAGGCAGAUCCCACAGGAGCUCAGAGCUGCCUGGGAACGAAGGACGAAAUUCUGAACUACUGCUCUAAGGUUUACCCGGAUUUGCAGAUCAGUGGUGUGAUAGAAUCGAACCAGCCGACGAAGAUUGAGAAUUGGUGCAAGAGGGGGAAGAGGAAGUGUAGUGGACAUGUCCACAUUGUCGUACCGUUCCGCUGUCUGGUUGGGGAGUUUGUCAGCGAGGCACUCCUGGUUCCUGACCGCUGUAAGUUCCUGCAUCAGGAACGGAUGGAUCUGUGUGACAGUCACUUCUACUGGCACAGUGUCGCGAAGGAGGCAUGUACGGCAGAGACAUUGGACCUCCACAGCUAUGGCAUGCUGCUGCCCUGCGGGCGGGACAGGUUCCGCGGGGUGGAGUACGUGUGCUGCCCCUCCCGAUUCCAGGGACGCAGGCUGGAGGAGGAGGACCUGCAGGAAGAGGGAGAAGACUCCCAGGACAGCACUGGAAAGGUGGACUCUCCCCUUGAGCCAGAGCCCGACAGGGUGAAGCUGAUCCGGUCACGGGAAGAGUUUGGGGAUGGCGACGAGAGGAUGUGGAACGAUUACAGUGACACUGGGCUGGUGGGGAACGAUUUCUACGACGAGUCUGUCACUGAGACCCUGACAGUUACUACCACUACCACCGAGGGUGUUUCAGAGGAUGUCCGAGUGCCCCCCACCCUUGCCCCCACCGAUGGGGUGGACGUGUACUUUGAGAGCCCGGGGGACGAGAACGAGCACGCCCACUUCCUCCGCGCCAAGAUGGACCUGGAGGAGCGGCGCAUGAACCGUAUCAAUGAAGUGAUGAGGGAGUGGGCAGCAGCGGACCGACGGGCGAAGAAUGCUCCCAACACUGACCGGAUGGCACUGAACAAGCAUUUCCAGCAGAUCCUGGGCACCCUGGAGGAGCAGGUAGCAAACGAGCGGCAGAGGCUGACGGAGACUCACCUCUCGCGGGUGUUGGCACUGCUCAACGACGACCGCCGCAUGGCGCUGGAGAACUACCUCACUGCGCUGCAGACUCGCCCCCCGCAGCCUAGCCACGUGCUCCAGGCCCUGCUGCGUUACGUCCGCGCAGAACAGAAGGACCGUCGACACUCGGUGCGCCACUACCAGCACGUGCUCAGCACUGAUCCCAACCGUGCGCAGCAGAUGAAGUUCCAGGUCCUAACCCACCUCCGGGUAAUCGAAGAGCGGAUGAACCAGAGUCUGGCCCUGCUCUUUCACAUCCCCCAGCUGGCGAAGGCACUGGGAAAUGACGUUGAGGAGCUGCUGCGUGCUGAUCGGCUGGAGGCCAGUGAACUGCUGACACCGUCACUCUCAGAGACGAAAUCGGAGGAGGACUCGAUGUCAGAGGAGGAGGAUGUGAGCCUGGCAUCCCCCACCGAUUCUCUGCAGCCUCACUCCGAGACCCAAGGAGAUGGACCCACUCCCAAGAAAGGAUUGGUUGAUUACUAUGACCCGGUGGCCAGCGAGAGUAACCAAGACCGGAGAUUUUUGGAUGAAUACGUAGACACGGUGGACGAGUCAGCCGAGCUGAUUUACAACACCAAGACAUCGACAGGACUGCAGAGGGAUGAACUGGAGCCUGAGGUUAAAGUUGCCCUCAACAAAGGCACACUGAUUGGUCUGCUGGUUGUUGCUGUUGCCAUAGCAAUGAUUGUCGUGUUGUCCCUCUUCCUGGUUCGUCGGAAGCAAUACGGGAAUAUCAGUCAUGGAAUCGUGGAGGUUGACCCCAUGCUGACCCCGGAGGAGCGCCAGCUGACCAAGAUGCAGAACCAUGGCUACGAGAAUCCCACCUACAAGUUCUUUGAGCAGUUGCAGAACUGAGGGUGCAGCUGGCAGAGAAGAUAGGGGGAGGGAGGAGGGAGGGAGGGGAGGGGAAGGAAGAGAAGGGAGAAGGGGGCGCCCGGAUUGGAUGUCGGACCACAAGGCCAGUGAUCGGGAGACCACUUUGCUAGUGAGUUGGUGGUUGCAGAGGGAUGGGGUUUGGUCUUUCGGUUGGGGGUGUGGGGGUGUGCUGUAUGUCAGCGUGAUGGUGGGAGGGGAAGAUCCAUGCCCCUUGGGGCCUGGAGAGGUGUUCGUCUCGGUCAGCUCCCUCUCCCCAGCCCGAUUGAUCAACCACCUCCUACUUUUCCCGCCUUCCCUCCCCUCCUUUCCCUUCUUUCCUCCUGGUUGGUCCUCCCCCCACCACUUUACCUUCCAGCAUUUGGAUUGGAUGAGGCAUUUCCCCCCUCCCUCCUUCCCCACAACCAACAUCACCGGGAGGUCACCCUGCGAGCGGGGGCAGGAUCCUUCCCCAAUUCCCAUCACAUACCUUCUCCCCGUUGACUCAUUGCUGUUUCCGAAAGGCAUCCCACGACACUCCACCCUGCCUGAGGAGUAAAGGGCAUCACCAGACAACCUUCCACCUCCAGGGAGCCCUGCCAAGCUUUGGUCUCAGUGCCCACCCCACCUACUAGUGCCAGGGUGGAGAGGAAUGGUGGGGAGGGCUGUUGGGCACUUUAGGGGGUCUGGUUGUGGUGGGGGGGGGGAGGAUCGAACCUUCAAUCCUCAGACCCUUCCUGGACCAACAAGCGGGGCUUCCAAACUGGCCACACCCACUGCAGAUUUCUGGGAUCAAAGUUGGGGAAUGGGAGAACUUUGCUCUUGGUUUUUGAGGGGGUGAGGGGCCUGCAGGGUGGCAAGGAAAUUAGGCAUGAUGUCUCCCCACUCUCCUCCUCCACGCCUGCUGCGCUCCCAGGAGCACCUCGCUUACCACAAAGAGUCCAAGGCGAAACACCCACUAGCACACUGGCGAUUCGGCAGACGAUCCCUCCCCCUGUGUUGUACAUAAACGGUCCAAACCCCCACCCUUCCUCCCUGCCGCCUCCGUUGCAAAUCCACGCAGAUAUUUUUGGCUGCUCUAAUGGCUGGAUGAACACUUCCAAAGCUGCCGACACAAGCGAUACCGGGAAUCACAGGUAACCCUUUCGGAGUCUCCCAAUCUAUGAUGGGACACGGUCUGUGACUAACGACCCUCAGGCGCAGUGACAGAAUGGACUGGUUUGUGAUUGACUUGCUUCCGAACUUGGCUUCCAACCUGAUUUCCCCGGGCAUUCCUUGGGUCAGAUCCAUAACAUAUUUAUUUGAAGUAUAUCUGUGGAAUAAGAUUAAAUUAAACCAUGCCAUUAAUUCCCCAAAA